GCGGUUUUGCAGGUGUGAGUUUUCAUCGGCAGCAAAUAGCAGAUAUAAGAUUUUUAUUUGCGCAUUAAUUUAAAUUUACCAAUUAUUGGUUAUUGGACAUUAUCAAGCAUCCGUCCUUAUGCUCACUCUUAAACAAAAUGCCGCAUUUGACGGAUUCCCUGCCACCGCAGGACAUUAUGGUGGAGGUUAGGAAAUUCAUCUCCGGUACUGCGAGAUCGUCACAAAGUUCAAACACCCUGGAAUUGACAAGAACGGCUCUGAAUCUUUUGAAAAAUGUGCCCGCCACAAGGGAAGCCGUACUCGAGUAUUUUUGCUCUGUCUUUUUUGUCGCCGUUACGAAGUACAUGCGACAAAUUGAGACAAGGCAGAAUUUACCAAUUAGCGAGGAAAAUAUUAUUGCUGAAAUACAUGUAGUUUUAAGUAGUUUUAUUAAUGGAAAUCCAGAGGCAUGGGCGCCUAUCAUAUCAGCUUGGUCUCUCGAUCUUCUUGGAAAAUUAUCAUCUGAUUAUUCUAAACGUAUUAAUUUGUCUGGAAAUGUGGGAAUCAAUGACUCUCUUCAACAAUGGAUGUCUUGUAGAGCUACUAGAAUCCUAAUAGAUAUUACGGAACAAUGUUUACAAUGUCUCAUGCAUGCAGAUACAGAAUCUUGUAUAAAAGCGUUACUGGAUACUAGCGUAUUACAUAGUCCGCAUUUUGAUUGGGUCGUUGCUUAUGUAGGUAGCUGUUUUCCAAAUGUAGUUAUAACUAGGGUACUCUCGUGUGGUUUGAAAGAUUUUUAUGCAAUGGGAUGCAACGACUUUAAAGAUAAAAAAAUUGAUCCAAAGUUAAACUCUGUUGUUGGAAUUUUGAGUCAUUUAACGGGUAGUCAUUUGUAUUACAUCAGAACCGCUUUGUUGGAUUUAUUUAUGUGGAGUUUAGAUGAAAAUAUCAGUGUUAAUGAAGAUACAAAAAUACAAAGGUUAGCGACUGUUCCAUUUUUAUUAAAUUUAGCAUCACUUUCGCCAAUGUUAUUAAAAGCUAUUACCAGGGAUAUAUCACAAAUAUUGAGACCAGAUGUAAUACCAAGGUUAGCUUUAUUUUCCACAGAUUGGAUUAGAUACUUCAAUGACGAUGCUAAAAAUUUAAUAAGUAUCGCAGUGCAUUUAGCAUUAGGAUGUGAUCAGGGUGCACUUCAAAUUAUAAAUAUUUUACUAGAUACGAGUCUAAAUCCAAGUAAUGUAGGCUAUCAUAGUGUAAAUGCUGCUCAAAAUGUAAAAACUAUUUGUCGUGAAAUACUUGAACUAAUUUUAGAAGAAAUUGAGCUUACAAUUAGAACAGAUAACUCUAAAUCGAAUAACAUACCUUUACUAGCGUCGAUUAAUCAAGAUUUGCCUUCUGUCAUACCGCUUCUAUUGAAUUCUCAACCACUAAAAAUUAAAACCGCUGUGAGACUGUUAUCUCUUCUUGGCACUCAAAAUCCUAAUGUUUUAAUAUCAGCAGCAACGUACGUUCUACAGAAAGCUCAAACGACUUUUCAUCUAGCUGUAUUAGUCCGGCUUAUUACAGAUAAUGCCAACUUUUUUUCAAAAAAAUAUAAAACUGAAAAUACACUAUCAGAUAAUGGCUAUUUUACGCAAGUAGUGGAACAAGCUAUAAGAGAAGUGCAAUACUCUAAUAUAGCAGAUGAUCUUGCUACGCGACAACUUUUUCAAAAUUUAACUAUAUUAUUAAAAUGGGAAAAUUCUGGAAGAAUACCUAGUUUAAAAUCUAAUUUUAUAAGUCGCGCUGUAAAAGUUAAUUUGUUACAAAUGACAAUGUAUCUUAUGAAAACGAAUAAUGUCGAUUUUGCAAGUGAUAUUGCUGAAAUGUUGGAUUGUCUCAAUCCACCAAAUAACAAUAAUUUUCCAGCAAAUGUUGAACUUAUAUUAAGAUUAACUAGAGCUAUAAUACGUUUUUUUUUUAUUUGUAUAGCAGAAAAUGAUAUUGUAAAGAAAGAACGUGGAGCGAAAAUAGUAUGCCGAUUUCUUCGAGGUCUAACCACAUAUUCUCAAUACGCUAGAGUUCUUGCACUUAGGGAAAUUUUAGAAAUUACAAUAUUUGGAGACCCUGCUAAAUAUUUCGAGGCUAAAGAAAAAUUCAAAUUUAAUAUAAUAAAAUCAUUUCUUUUGCAACAAAAUCACAAACAAGGUACUGGGGCUAUUUUAGCACAGAGACAUUCGUCUGUCUUUCAUGCUGGAAUAAUUGGUCAAGGUCCAAGAAAACCUCCUCCCGAUAACAAUGUAGAUAAGGAAAUAGUAAAAUUAAACAAUACAUUAUUAAUGGAUGUAAUAAAGGCUUGUUGUAGUAAUCGUGAUUUUUCCCAAUAUCCAGUGGAUACCGAUGCUUUAACUUUAGUAAGUUUAUUGUUAGUAGAAUUAAUAUCACCAGAUGUAAUGUACAACGGACUACCUUGGCCAGAUGAAGAAUUUACUAAAGUGACUGUCGAAAGAGACUUACAAAUUCGUCGAUCGUUUAAAGAUGCACCUGUCUUGUGGACACUACUGCAAUUAACAGCAUGGUACAGGCCAGCUUUGGCUUAUUGUUCCGUACUUUUAAGAGCUAUUGUUGCUACAGUUUUAGCUAAUUGGAGUAACAACACAGGUAUAAUGAUAACAAACGUCAUGGCUCUUGGACAAUUGCUUCCUCCGCCACUUACUAGUAUAGCCGAUAUUCUUCCAGUUCUUGAACCGCAUCAAAUUAUUACGGUGAUGCGCGAAUGCGUGUGGAUGUACAUGCAUGAAAAUAUUCCAUCACCAAUGUUAUUCACUCGAGCAGAAGGUGCCACUAUAGCAUGGCGCGAUACAGACACUUCCAGUCCAAAUAUACGAUUUACAGAAACUUUGAGACUCUUAUUACUGGCUAAUAUUCAUAUCUUAGGUUCCCUAUAUGCUACACUAUUUUUCAACGAACAUAAAUAUAUCUAAACAAUACAAGAUGUUUCAAUGAAAAUUGAAAUUAAAGUAUUUUGUAGAUAUAUAUUUUUAUUUGUAUUUUUCUUUUUUUCAUAAAAAGAAAGUCAGAAAAUGAUGGUAAUACCAAAGAGUUGAGGAAAAAAAUCAAUUCUAAAAUUUGUAAAUAUGUUUUAUACAAUGUUAUAUUUCCAAGCUUAAAACAUUGGAUAAACUCACAAUCUAUAAACACCCACAGAAUCAUACAAAAUUUAAUUUACACGUUGCACUAAAAAUUUUAAUAAAAAAUUACAAUUUGACGAUAAUUAUUAAUUUAUUUGUGACCUAAAUCAUUUUAUGAUCAUCGACUUUGAAUAUUAAAUUAUUAAAGCUAGUUUGGUCCUCGGUAUAAACAUUAUAUUACUUACAUU